AUGCCUCCUAAAGCUUCGUCUGCAAAGAAGAGUUCCAGCGAGAGCGAGCCAGCCAAGGCGAAGCCAGCCAAGCUUCCGUCGGAGUUUAUUUUACGGCCGUCGAAUGCAGAACUCAAAAACACGGCGGCAGUCUACGUUUCUCCCCAGAUUCUCACUAUCACGGGAUGGUCUGCGGGCAGUUUUGUCAGAAUCACAAGAGGACUGUCGGAUGUCACUCUGUUGUUGCAAGCUUGGAAGCAGGAAGAAGAGGAUAUGUAUGACCUGAACGUGAUUUUGAUGUCGCAGGAGUAUUUGCAAUUGACCCAUUUCCUGCUCGGAGAAAGAGUGGAGCUGAAAAAAGCCUCCUCGCAACCAGCCUAUGCUUCGGAAAUCGUUGUGAAUAUCCACGACAGUACUGAUGAGACACAAAUACGAUCGAAGCUUAUAGAAAUUGGCCUGGUAUACGAAAACCUGACCACCUCUGACUUCCAAAUAGCUCAGAUAGCCAAUGUGGAUGCUGUGGCGGACUCGCUCGGUCAACUAUCUUUGCAAGGCAAGAGCAAAAAGAGGACAAUGAAGCCAUUCUUGAUACACCACAAGACCACCAAAGUUGUCUUUCACACCGUGGAGCAGCUACAGCCACCAUCUGCCCCAUACAGCUACUCAAAGAUCGGUGGACUGCGCAAACAGAUCGAGACUCUCAAACGAACCAUAGACAUACCCCUGUUCCGGCCUGAUAUAUUCCAGCGGUUUGGGAUCGACCCUCCGCGCGGAGUGCUUCUUCAUGGAAGCUCAGGGACGGGCAAGUCUUUGCUGCUCAAGAGCGUUGCGUUUGAGUCGCAGGGAUGUCAUGUGAUCCAUAUCAGCGGCCCGUCGAUAGUGUCGAAGUAUCUCGGUGGAACAGAAGAAAAACUGCGCGAGUACUUCAAAGAGGCCAUGAAGUACCAGCCGGCCAUUAUUCUGAUCGACGAAAUUGACUCGCUCACGCCUAGUCGCAAUAAUGAGGACGUUUCUGAAGUCGACACUCGUGUGACUGCCACUCUUUUAAUGGCUAUGGACAGCAUUGACGGGGCAGUUGUUGUGAUUGGAGCCACUAACAGAAUCAACUCCAUUGAUGCCAGUCUGAGACGGCCGGGCCGAUUCGACCAGGAGAUCGAGAUUCCUAUCCCCGAUGCCGACAGCCGGUACGAUAUUCUUUCGACACAAUUUUCAGCAAUGAAGGGCCAACAUGAACUUACAGACAGUCAAAUAAGAGCCAUCGCUAACACUACACACGGAUAUGUCGGGGCAGACCUGGUUUCCCUGUGCCGAGAGUCGAUUCUCAAGUGCAUCUCUCGUGGAAUUUCCACCCACCACGAAGACCAAAAAGUCUCGUUUGCAGAUGUUGAGGAGUCCAAGAGCGAGAUUCAGCCGAGCGCUAUGCGGGAGAUUGUCUUGGAGAUGCCCAAAGUGAGCUGGGACGAUAUCGGUGGUCAGGAAGUGCUGAAACGAAAGCUCAAAGAAAUGGUCCAGCUUCCGCUGACGGCAGCCGACACGUUUAGACGACUGGGAAUUUCUGCUCCAAAGGGUCUGCUUCUUUACGGUCCGCCAGGCUGUUCCAAGACUCUGACUGCUAAGGCUCUUGCGUCGGAAUCGGGGCUGAAUUUUCUGGCCAUCAAGGGGCCGGAGGUGUUCAACAAGUACGUUGGUGAGUCGGAGAGAAAAAUUAGAGAGAUCUUCCACAAGGCCAGGACGUCUGCUCCGUCAAUUAUCUUCAUUGACGAGAUCGAUGCCCUGGCAACAAACAGAGACAGUGAGGACGCAGGAAACGUUUCUAGGCAGGUUUUGAACUCGAUGCUGAACGAGAUAGACGGCGUGGAAGAGCUCAAAGGCGUGAUAAUUAUUGGUGCUACCAACAGGCCAGACUCGAUCGAUCCUGCCCUUUUGCGUCCUGGACGGCUCGACAGGCACGUCUAUGUUGCGCCUCCCGAUAGACAUGCUCGAAAGCAGAUCUUGGAGAAGAAUACGCUCCAUUUCAACCUUCCAAAUCGGGUGCUGCUGAUAGAGAAGCUGAGCGACAUGACUGAGGGAUUCUCAGGGUCUGAGACCGUAUUGCUGUGCCAAGAGGCCGGUCUAGCAGCGGUUAUGGAAGACCACGAUUGCCAGCAGGUGGAAGAGCGCCAUUUCUUGACUGCUUUAAACGACAUUAGCAAAAACAUCACCCCAGAAAUGCUCGAGUACUACAGAGAGUUUGGAGAAAAAUAUAGGGCUGUGUAA